CUAACUUUUCUGCCCCCUCCGCCCCGCUCAGCCAUGUCAUCAACCAACCCGCAGCCCCAACCCCAACCGCUCCUCAAAAUCACCGUCCUCCAUUACCGUAAACCCGGGGUAUCCGAGGCCGAUUUUAUGCGAUGGAUCCAAGAGGAUCACAUCCAACGAGCGGCUCGAAUCAUCCAGAAACAUAACGUGGUUCAUUACACCCAGUACCUCACCCCGUCAUCCGCGCAAGAAAUCUUCCUCCCCGAUCUCGCCCACAAGCCCGGAUGGAAAAUGGCCGACUUCGACGCCGUCAUCUCCUAUUACGUGCGGUCGCCGGAUGAUAUGCGCGCGUUGCUGAGUGAUCCGGAGUGGAGAGAAGAGGUCAAUGCGCGGGAGGAGGCCUGGGCGGAUGUGCACAACGUGGUUACUAUGGUGGGGUGGGAGACGGUGUAUAUUCGGGAUGGGGAGGUGGUGGGGGAGGCGAUGAGAUCUGGGACUAGGAGUAGUAAGUUGUGA